AUGUCUUUAGUUCCAACAUCCCCCAUUUUAAUUAAUGGUGCAAUCGAUGAAAUCCCCCCUGAACUGUCUUCAACAACAUUUGUGUCCAAAAGUUUAAAUGAUUCAAUCUCAACUAGUGUAUUAAAUGAACAUGCAAGUAUUAAUAAUGAAUAUCAAACACUACAACCUAGCCCCUCGAAGGAAUAUAUGACGUUAACGCCUGUUAAAUUAAAAAGUUUAGAUUCUCCAUUAAAGAAUAGUCAAAGCACACAAAAAGUUGAUUCUCAUUUUUCACAGAGCCCGUUAAGGGUCAUAUCUCCAACAAGCAAGGUAUAUAAAGAUAAAUUUGAUACAAUUUCAAGAGAAUUAGAAAAACUGUUGGAAGAUUUAUCUGUAAUAUACAAAAAAAUAGGUUAUUCUCCCUCUGGAACAAAGACAAAUGAAAGAUUAAUUUUCACAACUUUAUCUAAUCAAAUUAAGAAGUUUUAUACAAAGGCGGAAGAAGAGAUGAAUAAUCUAACACUAAGUAACGAAAUUGAACAACAAGUUUUAAAUGCAAUGUUAAAUAAACUUAAUGAUCCUAAAGGUUUAAGUAUAAUUCCAGAUUUAUACACCAGAAAUACAAUUCUUUUACCCCAGAAUAGAACGGUACCUGAUUCUCCAAAGAAACCAUUAUCCUUAUUAGAAAUACAAAAGUUUUUAAAUGAUGCAAAACAGUAUGUUGUCAAGGCUUAUGUACCUGAGCUAACAAAAUUUUUAGAUGCAACGAUUGAAUUCCAAAAACAUUAUAAAAUGAUUAAUGAAAUCCUUAAUGAUUUGGAUGAUAAUGAACGAAAUACAUUAAAAUCUUUGCCAAGUUUGGAGUUAUCAAAGAAAUUAGCCAAUUUAUUUCGUCUCACAGAUGAUAAAAACACUAAGCUAGAAAACGAAAAAUUUUGUGAUUUAUUUGAUAAAAUUAAAGAGAAUAGAAAAAUACUCUUAGUUAGUGAUAAUUUUCACUCAAUAGACGACAAGAUGGUAUUGAGUAUUAAUAAAAUUACAAAAAUUUACAAACAGGAAUAUAAUUUUCGUGCCAAUAAUUUAAUACAAAAAAUAAAACAGAUAAAAGAUAUAUUGAAUGAAUUAGAUAUAGAUAGGAACUCAGAAUUCAGCCCGCCAAUGAAUGAUAUCUUUCAUAAUUAUUUAAAUCUAAAUCAAAAUAAUGAAAUUUCUUUACCUAUCACAACAUCGGUAUUAACUAUGGUUGCUGCAGAAUUAGAAAGGGUAGAGACGUUAAAAGAUGAAAGAAUAAAACAAAAGAAUGAAUUAUUAAACCAAUGCCACUUAUUAUGGAAUAAGUUUAAUUUAUCCAGAUCACAUAUUGAUUCUGUGUUAAUGGAAAAUAAAGGUUUAUCAUUGCAUGUUAUAAAUAAUUUGAAAAAUGAAUUGAAGAAACUUGAAAUUUUGAAGAAAAAAAUGAUUAAACAAUUAAUCAGUGACUCACGGAAUAAGAUAAAUGAAUAUUGGGUAACGUUACAAAUAUCAGAGGAUGAAAGGAAAGAAUUUAUAGAAAAUUAUGAAAAGAUGAAUAAGGAUUCUAACUCAAUACAAGAUGAUGAAAAAUUGUUGGAUUACUGUGAAUCAGAGAUAAAAAGAUUAGAACAGAAGUUAGCUAUCUAUGCUCCAGUACUCAGAUUAAUAAAUGAAUUUCAGUUUCUUAUUAAGGAUAAAGAAUUUUUGGAAAAAAGUUCAAAGGAUUCAUCCAGAUUAUUAUCUAGGGAUUCUCAUAAGAUUUUGUUGAAGGAAGAGAAGGCCCGUAAAAGAAUAACAAGGCAUUUUCCAAAAGUACUAUGUGAGUUAAAGGAAAGAUUAGAAAAUGCUCAAGAUUUAUUUCAAAAGCCUUUUAUACUGAAUGGUAAGAACUUGCAUGAUUUAAUUGAAGAGGAAGAAGUUGAAUUUAGAAAUAAAUAUCCAAGGAGUAUUUUAUCUAUGAAAAUGGGUAAAAAAAAUAUAAAAACAUUACCAAAGAAAAAUUUACAGAAGGAUGUAGAACGUUUAAAUUCACCUUCAAAGAAUAGUAAGAAUGUAUUUGGAGAAACUACUAAAAGGGUUAAAGAUAAUAAAUAUAGAAUUCAUAAACCCAAGACGCCAACUGAUAAAUCCCAGAAAAAUAUUAGUGAGAAAUCAAUCAUAACUGACAAUAAUAUUCUAAGAAAUAUAAAUAGUACAAAAGGGAAUCCUAAUUCUAAUAAUUUAGCGAAGAGUAAAUUCAAUAGCAGAAAUUCAAAUAGCAAGGGUUCUAUAGAAUCUAUUAUAAAUUUGUCACAUUCUAUGGUAAAAACAGCUUCCUAUAAUAAUAAUGCUGAAUUAAAAAGCAUAAAAAGCAAACUAUUAUCACCGACAGUCAUUAUUCCACAUAAACAGAAAUUAGCGAAUGAAUCACUUUUUAGUUGUAACCAAUCAAGGAGGGUGCCUACUAUUUUAGGUAGACAGCCAUACUUAUUGAGAAGUAAUACUGUUGAUUCAUUUUCACUUAGAGAUUACUAUAAAGAGAAUAAUCCUAUGGAUAGUAAAUAUGAUAACAAUAAAAAUAAUAGUAAAUAUACACGUCCCUUAUAUGGUAUACGACCUACGAGAUUAUUUCCAUUGGAUUCUAAUAAACUGAAUAAGUUGCGUAAAAGUAAUAUUCCAGUGUUACAUGAAUCCAAACCUACAAUGGCAAAGGAAAAGGGUCAUAAAACAAAACAAGUUUCUAAUUUAAGACAUCAGAGUGAAAAAAUUUUGUCGUCAUCCUAUCAAGAACAUAGUCAAGAGCAGAAGCAGCGGUCUUUAUCAUUUCCAAUUAAGAAUCAAGAAUCUGUGCUAUUGGCAAGUCCUUAUAGGGAAUCCAUUCAUAGUAUUUAUCAAGUGUCGAUGUCACCAGAAGGUAAAUUUCAAUUAAAUAUUCGACAAAAGGACAGAGAGGAUAAAGGUGAGAAAAAUUUUGAUGAUAUAAUAAGUCCAUAUAUCAGCGCAAAUAAUGAUAUACUCGACGAUACGAGUAUUUUAGAUGAUGAUGAAACAGAUAGUAAUUUUGUUGAGUGGAAAAGGGAACAGUUAAUGAAAUUGGACAAUCUGAAACAAAAGCAGCAAGAGCAGCGUGUAGUUAGUGAUAAUAUUUCUACUGCAUGA